AGUCUGCAUUUUGCACAUGGUUUAUUGUUUACACGGAACAUUUCGUUUACUCUAAAUGUUGUAAAUUUGGUUAUAUAUGAAAUUUCUUGCGUCAGUGGUAAUAGUAGGUUGUGUAUUAAACUGCCAGUCAGUCCAGUCAGUCCUGUCAGUUUCUGUCAGUCUUAUAUAUGGUUUCAUGGCUGGGUACCUGUGUGGACAACGAUAAACAAAUCAAAAAUUGAGACGUACUAACUUUUUUUUAGUCAUGGUGGAAAUAGACGAAGUAGCGAAACUAGAACAUUUAUCUUUAGUUUCAAAAAUAUGUACAGAAUUAGAAAAUCACUUGGGUUUGAACGACAAAGAUUUAGCGGAAUUCAUUAUUCAUUUGUCAGAAAAAAAUAAUACGUUUGAAAAGUUUAAGGCAGUCCUGAUUGAAAAUGGAGCAGAAUUUUCAGAUUCCUUCAUGGAAAAUCUCCUCAGAAUUAUUCAACACAUGAAGCCGCCACCUCCAGUGCCGAAGAAAGAUGCCCUCGCAGUCAGGUUUCCAUGUUUAGCGAUGCCAAACGAACUGCCGAAAGUGGACAAUGAAAACGACAGUGACAUCGUCCAAGAUCUAAUGGCAUCCUUAGAAGCAUCUGCACCCUCCUGUAGCAAUAAUAGUACAGAUCCUAAAGCAGUCGAAAAAAGUAAAGAGAGAAAGAGAAGCAGAUCAAGAGAUCGGAAAAGAAAGAAAUCGAGAUCGCCGAGUCGGAGAGCGAAAGGAAACAGAUCUAGAUCUAGAUCCAGAUCCACUUCGAGAACUCGUUCUCGUCGUCGCUCAAAUUCCGGUUCAAGAUCUCGUCACCGUUCAAAAUCCAGGGAUCGUGAUACACAAGACAGAAGGCGACACAGAUCCAGAGAUCGCAAACGGUCAAGAUCUAGAACCAGGAAAUCAAAAACAGACCACCGAAAAGAUUCAAAACGAACCAAUAAAGAAAUAGAAAAGUCACGAUCACGCUCGGCCGAGGAACUAUCCACGGACCCGGAAAUUGGGAAAGUUUAUCCUGGAAAAGUCGCCAACAUCGUCGCUUUUGGAUGUUUCGUUCAACUUGAAUCUCUGAGGCGUAGAUGGGAGGGACUCGUGCACAUUUCGCAAUUGAGGAGGGAAGGCAGAGUUGCAACUGCAGCUGAUGUUGUUUCUCGGGGACAAAAAGUACUCGUCAAAGUUCUCAGCAUCAGUGGACAAAAGAUUUCUUUGAGCAUGAAAGAUGUAGAUCAAGAAACAGGGCAGGAUCUUAAUCCGGUUGUAAAUAGAACAAGGACAGAAGAAGACGAGAAACAUUUACGAAAUCCUGAUCGUCCAACUUCGUUGUUGGAACUGCAAACCAUUAAUGACGAGGAUGAGAAUUACUCUAGGAAAAGGGUACAAAGGUUGUCUUCGCCGGAGAAGUGGGAAAUCAAACAAAUGCUUGCAGCCUCUUGUAUCGAUAGGAGUGAACUUCCAGAAUUUGAUAUGGAAACGGGAAUUCUACCACGUGAGGAUGAUGAAGAUGAAGACGUUGAAAUUGAAUUGGUGGAGGAAGAACCACCCUUUUUACAAGGACAUGGUAGAUCCUUGAAUGAUUUGAGUCCAGUGAGGAUUAUGAAAAAUCCAGAUGGGUCGUUGGCUCAAGCUGCGAUGAUGCAAAGCGCAUUAGCCAAAGAAAGAAGAGAGCAGAAAAUGCUUCAGAGAGAACAGGAAAUGGAUUCCAUACCUACAGGACAUCAUAAAAAUUGGAUUGACCCUUUGCCAGAUGUUGAAAGUCGAGCAAUGGCAGCAGCGAGCGCACGUGGAAUCGGUCUACAAACACAAGAUUUACCCGAGUGGAAGAAGCACGUGAUUGGCGGUAAAAAAUCAUCUUUUGGAAAGAAAACGAACCUCUCUCUCCUGGAACAGAGACAAAGUCUUCCAAUUUUCAAGCUGCGGGACGAUUUAGUGAAAGCAGUUACGGAGAAUCAAAUACUGAUCGUAAUUGGAGAGACAGGUUCCGGUAAAACUACCCAAAUCACGCAAUACUUGGCUGAGGCAGGUUUCACAUCUCGGGGAAAGAUUGGAUGUACGCAACCUCGACGAGUGGCCGCUGUCUCGGUAGCUAAAAGAGUCGCUGAAGAAUUUGGUUGUCGAAUGGGACAGGAAGUUGGUUACACUAUUCGAUUUGAAGACUGCACUGGGCCAGAAACAAAGAUAAAAUACAUGACAGACGGUAUGCUUUUGCGAGAAUGCCUCAUGGACUUGGAUUUGAAAACUUAUUCCGUUAUUAUGUUGGACGAGGCUCAUGAACGCACAAUUCACACGGAUGUGUUAUUUGGACUUUUAAAACAAGCUGUCGGCAGAAGACCAGAAUUGAAAUUGAUUGUCACAAGUGCGACAUUGGAUGCUGUUAAGUUCUCACAGUAUUUCUUUGAAGCUCCAAUCUUCACCAUUCCUGGCAGAACAUUCGAAGUAGAAAUUAUGUACACCAGAGAAGCCGAAACGGAUUAUCUGGAUGCGUCCUUGAUAACAGUGAUGCAAAUUCACUUGCGUGAACCACCUGGAGACAUUCUAUUGUUUUUGACCGGUCAAGAGGAAAUCGACACGGCUUGUGAGAUUCUCUACGAACGUAUGAAGUCGCUCGGAAAGGAUGUUCCUGAACUGAUUAUCCUCCCUGUUUAUUCCGCACUUCCUUCGGAAAUGCAGACGAGGAUUUUCGAACCCGCGCCGCCUGGUUCCCGAAAAGUGGUUAUAGCCACGAAUAUCGCAGAGACCAGCUUGACUAUUGAUGGAAUAUAUUAUGUUGUGGAUCCCGGAUUCGUGAAGCAAAAGGUCUACAAUUCUAAGACUGGUAUGGACAGUCUUAAUGUCACCCCAAUCAGUCAAGCCGCUGCAAAACAAAGAGCAGGACGGGCUGGUCGAACAGGGCCGGGAAAGUGUUAUAGACUGUAUACCGAAAGGGCUUACAGAGAUGAAAUGCUGCCAACACCAGUUCCCGAAAUUCAGCGCACGAAUCUAGCGACGACAGUUUUACAGCUGAAAACAAUGGGAAUUAAUGAUUUACUCAAUUUUGAUUUCAUGGACGCACCGCCGGUGGAGUCGCUUAUAAUGGCAUUGGAGUCUUUGCACAGUUUGAGUGCUCUUGACAACGAAGGACUUUUGACUCGACUGGGCAGGCGAAUGGCUGAGUUCCCACUGGAGCCAAAUCUCUCCAAAAUGUUGAUCAUGAGCGUCAAUCUGCAAUGCUCAGAAGAAAUUUUAACUAUCGUUAGCAUGCUCUCCGUGCAGAACGUUUUUUAUAGACCGAAAGACAAGCAAGCCGUCGCGGAUCAGAAGAAAGCAAAGUUUAACCAAGCAGAAGGAGAUCACUUGACUCUUUUAGCGGUUUACAACUCAUGGAAGCGAAAUAAUUUUUCAAAUUCUUGGUGCUAUGAAAAUUUUGUACAAAUUCGAACGCUCAAAAGGGCACAAGAUGUUCGCAAACAGCUUUUAGGAAUUAUGGAUAGGCAUAAAUUGGACGUAGUUUCCGCGGGUCAACAUAAUACAGUUCGAGUUCAAAAGGCAAUAUGCUCCGGAUUUUUCAGAAACGCUGCGAAGAAAGAUCCACAGGAAGGGUACAGAACUUUGGUUGAUAGUCAGGUUGUGUACAUUCACCCCAGCAGUGCGUUGUUUAACAGGCAACCCGAAUGGGUAAUUUACCAUGAACUGGUUCAGACAACGAAGGAGUAUAUGCGGGAAGUUACAACAAUUGAUCCUAAGUGGCUAGUGGAAUAUGCACCAGCUUUCUUCAGAUUUAGCGAUCCGGCAAAAUUGAGCAAGUUUAAGAAGAACCAGAGACUGGAACCAUUGUACAACAAAUAUGAAGAACCAAAUGCGUGGAGAAUUUCUCGAGUUAGACGUCGUCGCAAUUAAGUAGCGAAAGAGUUCCUUGGAGGCUUUCACAAAAGAAAACUUCAACGUCGAAAGAAAGCACAAGAAGAACUGCAGCAGCAGUUGAAAGAAGAAAAGAAACGAAUCAAGAAAAAUG